CAAAAAAAUGGUUUAUCCAAAUUCAAGGUUUCAUACUUUCAUCAUCCAUUCUUUUGUUUCUUCCCUUAGAAAAAACACAACUUUGUUCCUUGUCACUUUCCUUUAAAUUCCUUGCAUUCAUUUUUCUUGCAAGUUUCUCACAACAUUCAACUUCAUCUGAAUCAAUCUUUCUGACCCUCUUUUUGUCCUUACAAAAAGUUCCAAUUUUUAAUUCACUUUGUUGCUUGUUUUCUCCAGGAAUUCUCUGGGUAUCUCAUUGAAUUUCGUGGGGUCCUGUCUAUACUGUGGAAACUGUUGUUAGAAACGUAAGACAUGGGAGGCUGUUGUAGCUGCCAUGUCUCAAUUUUAGGCAAGGUACAUGAUGAGGAAUAUGAAUGUAGCCAUCACAAUGUUGCUUCAUUUGAACGAGGUGGGUCCCAGGUCAUGUUAAACGGGUCCUCUAAGUUUGCAUCAAUGUACACCCAAAAGGGUACAAAAGGGGUUAAUCAAGAUGCAAUGACAGUUUGGGAGGGUUUUGCUGGAGAUAAAGACAUGAUCUUUUGCGGCGUGUUCGAUGGCCAUGGUCCUCAAGGACACAGGUUUUCACAAUGCAUACGCGACAAUCUACCCUCCAAACUCUCUGCAGCUAUCAAACUGCCACAACAAAAUGCUGCAGACACAGGCAGUUAUGAUGAGGAUAACCGGCACAUGUCUUUUGCUUCAUGGGAGGGAAAAUUUCUGAGGUCCUUCAAGGAAAUGGAUGAAGACCUUGCUAGGAACAUUGACCGCGAUGGCUAUUGCGGAGGUAGCACUGCUGUAACUGUAAUUAAACAGGGAGAUAAUCUGAUAGUCGGCAAUUUAGGUGACUCUCGCGCAGUUCUUUGCACAAGAGCGGAUGACAACCAUCUUAUUCCGGUUCAACUUACUGUUGACUUGAUCCCAGAUAUUCCAAGUGAAACUGUAAGAAUACUUGAUUGUGGAGGCAGAAUAUUUGCUACAGGAGAAGAUCCAGGUUUAAACAGAAUAUGGAUGCCUGAAGGUGAUUGCCCUGGACUGGCUAUGUCUAGAGCCUUUGGAGAUUUUUGCCUGAAAGACUAUGGCCUCUCCUCAGCUCCAGAUGUGUCUUACAGAAAACUUAGCAAGAGGGAUGAAUUUGUGGUUUUGGCUUCUGAUGGGAUAUGGCAUGUUCUGACAAACAAUGAAGUAAUAAACAUAGUUGCUUCAGCACCAACGAGGUCCAUGGCAGCCAAAUUGUUAGUACACCAUGCCGUUCAGGCUUGGAGAUAUAAGUAUCCUGGUUUCCAUGUUGACGAUUGUGCAGCAAUAUGCUUGUUCCUGAAUGAUCAGCAUGUUUUAACCUCUUCCCAGUCCAGUGUGAGAGGAUCUUGGAAGAAAUUGCAUUGAACUUGAUUUAGAAAUGUAAACACAACUUCUAGAUGGCAAGAGAGAAUGGUAGAGUGAAAGGAAAAUUAGGAAGCUCUUGGAGGGUUAUCAUUUAUCAAGGAUCCAACUCACUCUGAAAUCUGAAUCUCAAAUUUCAUGGCUUGCUAGAGUUGUGAGUUGAUAUAGAAUCAUCUCAGCACCUCAAGGGGGUUGAAGUUCACUAACUCAGCCAGGACCAGAACUCUCCUCAAAUCCCACUACUAUAAUUUCAGUAGAGCAAGGCCUUCUGUGUCAGCUAUGAGGUGUUCAAGAUUUUUGUUUUGACAUACACCAAGAAAUUGUAGACAAAAACAAUUCAUAUCCUAAAAGAUGUUCUGGUUGUCACUUCUCAGAACACACUGAGACACCUAAACCUGAAAGAGGGGAAAACAAAGAGAAAAGGAACACUGUGUAAUGGUUAUUAACCAAUCCUUCAUACCAUUUUGAUUGUCAUCAAUGAUAAGACUUAUGUCUUACCACUAGAUUUAUGUGUUAUAAUGUUUGUUUUAAAGUUAGACUUGUAAUGUACAAUAAAAGAUGCAAGUCUUUCGACUUUGAAAUUUUGGGAUAUUUCCAUAUCUGAGGUUUU